UUGCAACCACACCAGUCCUCUCCAUCGCUGCAACAAAUUGGUCAAGCAUGGAAUGCUGCAAGUGUUUCGUGGUUUGCUUUCUGCUGCUCGUGUUGGCCUCUCCAAAUGUGGGCAUGAGUCGAAGUCUGCAGGAGCAGGAGCAGGAGCAGGAGCAGAAGAACUUCUAUCCUCCCUUAACUGGGACCUCUCCAUCUCACUCCAACGGCGGCGCGCCGGAUUGUUCGACUCCCUCCGGCGGCGCCUCCCACGCCACUCCCACGCCGUAUCACCAUGGAAGCGGAAGCUACGGCACUCCCACACCGGAUAAGGGAACACCAAGCACACCCGGGGGCGGCUACUAUAACUCGCCUCCCGCCACAGGAGGCGGCGGCGAGCACUCUUCUCCAGCCUACCCCUCGCCUUCGACCCCUGCAGUCAACCCGCAGAUCCCUCCCUUCUUCACUGGUACAUGCAGGUACUGGGGAUCCCACCCUGAGAUCAUAGCCGCCAUUUUGGGGUCGCUGGGCAACAUCGGGGACAUUUUCGGCCACGGCUGCUCCGCCUUCUUCGGCAGCAACCCCAGCCUCCCGGCGGCGCUGACGAACACGAGGCCGGACGGGUACGGCGAGCUCUUCCGCGAGGGCACCGCCGCCUUCCUCAACUCCAUGGUCAACAGCAAGUUCCCCUACACGACGCCGCAGGUCAAGUCCGCCUUCGUGGGCUCCAUCACCUCCUACGGCGCCGCCCAGGCGCAGGCCGACGUCUUCAAGCAAGCCAACGAGGCGAGAUAAAAAAGGGCUCCAGUCAAUCAUAACCGCCCUUGUCCGUACGUCCGUACGUGUGGGACGUGGUGCAUUCCAUCGUUGGAUUCGUGAUCUAGAUUGCAUGCAUGCAUUCAUUAAUUACGUGAUCAGGUGUUCUCUGAUUAAUUGUACUUCAAAAUUGUGAUUGGUGGUGUUUGUUAGUUAUUUAGCAGAUCAAUGUUGUCGAUUAUUGGCGAGGUGGUGAUGCUUCA